AUCUAUUUGUUUUUUAUAGGAUUAAAAAUAUAUAAUACGAUAAGUCAGUGACAAUCAUGGCGGAGGAUAAAAAAAAUAUUGACAGAAAGCUAUCAUCGCUAAGUCGUUUUGGACUAAGGGGUCGUGGUAGUGGUGCUGGUCCAUCAAGACUACCAUCUUUAAAGCCUGCACGGGAUCUAACAUUGGGAGGUACACCAAAAAGAACUUUUACACCUAAUAUUGUUGCUAGAGGUGUUAAAAAAGAAGAAGUUAAAGAUAGUAAAGAUCCACGUCAUAAAAGAGAGAGAGGUAGAGGCCGUGGUUUUAGAGGGCGUGGAAGAGGGAGAGGCAGGGGUGAAAUAAUUUCCACAUCUAGUAUAUUUUCACAAGGACCUGCAGCUCAACAAACUUUAGCACGAGCCCUUACGGGUGGCAGUAGUUUUUUUGGAGGAGGUGGUCAAAAUAGAGAUGAUGGACCAACCAGCUCAAAAGCCACCAUUCAUAAUAUUAAAGGGACACAAGAAGAUGACGUUGAUUCAAAUAAAGUAUUUGAAAUGCUUGAAGAAGAAGGAAAAAUUGAAAUCAACGAAAACAAUGGUGGACUAAUGCCAAUAACUUUACCACUUGCAUCCAAGUUAGUUCAUAAAAUUAAACAAGAUGAUGUAAAAACUGAAAGUGAAUUAAGUCAAGACGAAGAUGAGAAGAAACCUGUUAAAAAGGAAUUCAAAAAACCUGUUGCAAAAACACAAGAGACAUUACCUAUUGUAGAAAUGACUGACUUGUUUAAGCCUGGGGCACCUGAAGGAAAAUUAUUUUUCUUGCAACUUCCAGAUACGUUACCAAUCAAACCAUUGUCACACGAGGAUGACGAUAUAAAAAUAGAAUCCAGUACAAAAACUGAAACCAGUCAUGAUGACAUUGAAGAACAUUUAAAGAGAUUUACAUUUCAAAAUGUCUCCGAGGGUUAUAUAGGUAAACUACGGAUUUAUGAAUCAGGAAAAGCAACAAUGCAACUUGGAAAUGUUGCAUUAAAUGUCUCUCUAGGAACUCCAUGCGGUUUUUUACAAGACUUAGUUUCUAUUCACUCUGAAAAGGACCCUGCUGAAAUGAUAUGUCUAGGCCAUGUAAAUCAUAGAUUCAUUGCCGUUCCAGAUUAUGAGUCGUUAUUAGGAGGAGAGGAAGACACGGAUGAUGAUUCGUAGCACUUUAUUCUUUCCCUAAAUUAAAUUUUGUUUCGUCCAAUGUUGUUUUGUUGACAAAUAUAUACAAGAAAUUCA